CUAGUUAAGAUUUUUUCACAAUUCUUAGAAAUAUUUAAUACGCAAUGGCUGGUAGAGGUCGAGGUCGAGGAAGCGGCACAUCGUUGACCCAUGAACAACUUCAAGCACUCGGUAUAGCGCGAGGCGACAACACCCCACAAAACCUAGCACCUCCACCACUAUUUCCGAAACUGGAGACUAAACCACUGCCUCUGAACUGUGACGCUACAACUGAUUAUAUGCUUAUUGUUAAAGAUCAAUUCAUAGAAUAUUUACACGAAUCUCCUGCUUACGUGAAAGCUAACACAAAAACAGAUGGUAUCGAGAGGUAUUCUGAUAAAUAUAAAUUACUUGCGCUUGACGCUAAAAAAGGUCGAGUUCUCGACUGUGUUUGGUCCUACAUGCCGCCGGAACUUCGUCCACAAGCAAAUAGUGUUCGAUCAACAGCUAGGAAACGAAAAUUGGAUGAUCCGAAAGAAAUAGAAAAACGAUUACAACUUCUGGAGAAAAAGGAAACGCAAGAAGAUUCUACUGAGGUUAUGGAAACAACUGUGGAUGAGGAUAACAUUAAGAAAGAAGAUGAUAAUGAUGAGGAAUUAGAAGAUGAAGAAGAACAAGAGGAUGAAAUUGAUGAUGGAACGGAUUAUGCCAACAACUAUUUUGAUAAUGGAGAAGAUUAUGAAGAUGAAGAUGAUAAUUUAGAUGAUGGGCCAGUUUAUUGAUCUAUCUUACAUAAUGGACCACAACCUGUGAUAAUUAAAUAAUAAAAAAAUAAUAUGUUUUAUAUAUUA